AUGUCUUCGUCCGCUCUCGUUGAUGUGAGGAAAAAUCAAGCCCAUAGCGAUGCGAUCUGGGAUAUUGCCUGGACAGCUAAUGACACCGCAAUUUCCGCCUCUGCUGACGGAACUGUAAAGCAGUGGGACUCUACCUCUGGACAAGUUUCGCUAUGCCGCCCGGCUCACACUCUUGCUAUUGUUUCUUUGUCAGUCUCUCCUGAUGGUCGAUCUGUUUUAUAUAACGGCCUUGAUGGAAUGACGUGUCUCUGGGACCUGGAACACGACAAGAUACUAGGUCGGCACGACAGCUACGACCGUACUGCCUCUGAUGGAGCAGAACCGUCAUGGUCUGUGUCUCUCAACCCUAAAGGUGGGACAUUCGCUGGGACGGGCAGUUCAGGAAAUGUCCACAUCUACUCCGCUGAUCCAGAUUCCUUUGGGACGCGCCAAAGGUCUCUCGCAAGCGGUCGCCACAAACAUGGAAUGGAUUGCAAGCAUAGCCCAGAUGGCAAACGUCUAGCACUUUCAUCGGAGACAGGACAAGUAUUUCUAUUUGACAUAGAGUCUGGUGCUCUAAUGUCUACCUAUUCAUCGCAUGCCAUGGCCGUACGAUCAUUAGCUUGGUCUGCUGACGGACAGCUACUAUUAACUGCAUCGGAGGAUAAGCGUCUCAUUCUUCACGAUGUCCGCAUAUCAGCUUCCGGCAAACCUGGUUCAGGUGCCGUUGCAACCCUUACAGGGCAUUCUUCCUGGGUGCUUAGCACCGAUAUAUCGCCUGAUGGCCGCUUGGCUCUCUCUGGCUCUGCCGACAAAACCGUGAAAGUUUGGGAUAUAGCCGCCCGUAUGGCUGUAUCUACCAUACAAGACACGGGCGAGGUAUGGAGCGUGUGCUGGCGUUUGAAGCCAUCUACGAAUGGUAGUGCAGGUGCAUUUGUUAGUGGCGGGGAAGACGGUCAUGUUAGAUGGUGGAGGUCUGCUGGGACAGGUUGAGAACCUAUUGAAUCAGGCAGCUGGCUUUGUAAAAUAUUUCUGCAUCAAUGAUCUGAGCACCAGCGACAAGCCGUUUCUUCUUUCCCAGCAGUCCAUGUACUUCUCUUGUUGAAUUCAGUAUGAGGUGACACAGUGUACUCAUUACAACCAUUACUCGAAGAAGAAUAUACAUGUGUACAAGCUUAUUUCAGAAUAUCACUACAUCUGGAUUGAAUAAUACAAUACCAUUAAUAAAGAUAUUUAUACAAAGCAGAUACGACUCGUUGAUUCUAGUGGCAGAGAGAGCAGAAGAUGGAAGCAAAAGCUGGAGAAACGGAUACAUUGAUACAGAAAGCUGCCUGAAAGCCAGACCAGGAAUGGAACAGUGAGCAAGAUAAAGAUAAACGUAUAUGACAGACCAAACACCACUGUCGAAAUGGAAAGGCACUACUAGAGAAUGCCAAAGACAGCAUCUGCGGGUUUUUGAAAAAAUCACAUACAUCGUCCCAUUUAUACCUUAACAUCAAAGAAUGGCGAUAUAUCCUCGUGCCCGGAUAUAUGCGCGGAUCCAGUUGAGAUAUGUGCCUCGAGCUGGUUCUGCGCAUCAACAUGUGAGCGAACGUAGAGCGAGCGUGUGCGUGACUCGAGGGAGACCCAUGCCUCAGACGCAUUAGCACGCAGCUCUUGUGCCUCUUGCUGCGAUAUGACGCUGAGAGGGACGGGCGCGUAGAUUGGGGUUAGCUCGUCUUCGUAUUCAUCGCAGUCUUCGUCAUGGUAGAGUCUGGAUGAGGUAGUGGUAGGGAGGAGGUAGAUCUUAGAAAGGGGUUUGGGUUCUGAUGCCAUUUGACCGAGAUGUGUGUUGAAGAGGGUGGUUUUGGGGGGAAACGAUUGGUGCAGAUAGUAUCGCUGAAGGUGGGUGUAGUAAUUCGAAAGUGAGACAAGGAAGUGGAAACGAAUGACAGUGAACACUGCACCAGCUCCUACGAACGCCCAUGCUGCGCUUUCAAACCACUCCUCGCAAUUUUCGAGGUUGAGACCCAGGCCAAUGACGUCACGAAAGAGAUCUGGCUGGCGAGAGAGGUGCUCGCACGUAUUGACGCGGACAGAUGGGCGGAGAGCUGCUGUGGAACAUGAAAAGGCUAGAAUCAUGCUAAGGGAAAAGUUACAGAUCGAAAAAUCGCGGUAUACGCGCACGAAAGAAGGGUUACUCUUUUAGGAUCCCUACAAGUCCAAAGAAACAUAUCGAUGAUGCGGAUGCGAAAUAAGUGGCGAAAAGAGCACAGAUGAGACGUAUCCCGUCUC